UAGCUUUCGUCGAAUUGUCACCCUCCCUCACCUCAAGCAGCAGCGAAGCUGCACCAGUCGACAUGGCCGGAAAAUAUCGGAACAGUUUCGUAAAGAAAGAUGAAAUACUUCCAAGUCCUUUGGAAUAAUAUUCAUCACGAGAUGUGAUCCAACAUCCACAAUGUGUGAGGACAUUUAAGAACGUUUGAGUUCGGAAAAAAAAUCUCGAUUCCAGUGGAAUCUUCCAUAUAUCUUUAUAUAUAAUUAUUAUAUUUUUCUUUGUGUUAAAUUUUACCUUUAUACACACCCAUCCCAUCAACAUAUAACCAUGCCAGUGCAAGCGCCACAAUGGACAGAGUUUCUGCUGUGCCCAAUCUGCACACAGACGUUUGAAGAAACUGUUCGCCGGCCCAUCAGCUUGGGCUGUGGACACACUGUCUGCAAGAUGUGCCUGAACAAGUUGCACCGUAAGGCCUGUCCCUUUGACCAGACAGCCAUCAGCACAGACAUUGAGCAGUUACCUGUCAACACAGCCCUGUUGCAGCUCGUCGGAGGCCAGGUUCCUAAGGCUCAGCCAGUUGCCUUGAUUGCCAGUCCAGAAGACACACAGAAUUAUGAGGUGGCAAGACAGUGUGUGGAGGAACUGGCCCUCUACCUCAAACCCCUCAGCAACACUCGAGGUGUGGGUCUGAGCAGCACAACCCAAAGCAUGUUGAGUCGACCCAUGCAGAGGAAACUGGUAACUCUUGUUCACUGUCAGCUGGUGGAGGAAGAGGGCCGUGUUAGAGCCAUGAGGGCUGCCCGCUCUCUUGGCGAGCGAACUGUCACCGAACUCAUCCUGCAACACCAGAAUCCUCAGCAGCUCUCCUCCAACCUGUGGGCUGCUGUUCGUGCACGAGGUUGUCAGUUUCUUGGCCCAGCAAUGCAGGAGGAAGCUCUAAAGUUGGUUCUUCUUGCUUUAGAAGAUGGCUCUGCUUUGUCCAGGAAGGUGUUAGUUCUCUUUGUAGUCCAGAGGCUUGAGCCACGCUUCCCUCAGGCCUCUAAAACAAGUAUAGGCCAUGUGGUACAGCUCCUUUAUCGGGCUUCCUGCUUCAAGGUUACCAAGCGUGAUGAAGAUUCAUCUCUGAUGCAACUGAAAGAAGAGUUUCGUACUUAUGAGGCUUUGCGACGUGAGCACGACUCUCAGAUCGUUCAGAUUGCCAUGGAGGGUGGAUUGCGCAUUGCCCCUGACCAGUGGUCCUCUCUGUUGUACGGAGAUCAGUCUCACAAGUCACAUAUGCAGUCUAUCAUAGAUAAGCUGCAGACUCCAGCAUCUUUUGCUCAAAGUGUUCAGGAGCUGACUAUUGCACUGCAGAGGACUGGAGACCCAGCCAACCUCAACAGGCUGCGGCCCCACUUAGAACUCCUGGCAGACAUUGAUCCCAGUCCUGAUGCUCCUCCUCCUUCGUGGGAGCAGCUUGAGAAGGGGUUGGUGGCAGUGAAAACAGUAGUUCAUGGUCUGGUUGAUUUUAUCCAGAACCACAGCAAGAAAGGAGCUGAUCCUCAACAACCUCCUCAGCACAGCAAAUACAAAACAUAUAUGUGCCGUGACAUGAAGCAGAAGGGAGGAUGUCCUCGCGGAGCCAGCUGCACUUUUGCUCACUCUCAGGAAGAAUUGGAAAAGUAUCGUAAGAUGAAUAAACGGGCGAUAACUCGCUCAGGGGGGCUUUUACCAGAUGAUAAUCUUCCUAUUGAUGUAGCAGUGCCCCGAAAGAUUUCCCCUGUUGCCAAUGGUGUUGGCGCACCAAAUAUGCCCCAACUAGUUGCUCGAGGCACUGACAUAGUUUCCUAUGAGAUCAUUCGUAAACCUGUGAAGAUCGACGGAGGAAGUUCAAGUGUCCCAGGAUCCCCACCUGAUGUCCUGGAUCCCAUUUCCAAACCUGGUAUGCCUCUGCCACCUCAUGCAAUGGCUCAUCCAAGGAUGCCAGCAGAUCACAUGUCAGGAGUGAAGCAUAUGUCUGUGGUACCCAGGGGUUCACCAGUGUAUCCCCAACCACAACUCCCUGAUAUAUGCUAUGAAACUCGUCCUCCACCUGCCUCUCAGUAUGAACCCACUCAGUACCCAACAGGUUACCCCUAUCAACAGGCACCACACUAUGUUCCUCGAGAUCCAUACAUUCGUAACCCUCUUCCCCCUAGUGAUUCUGGACCCCCCUACCAUGACCCUUAUGUUGGCUAUGGUCCUCCAGAGCGAGGCUACCCAACCCCUCACCCCGGCCCACCUUUUUCCUAUCAUCACCCACCUCAUUAUGACAGAAGUCGCCCUGGAACCUACAGCGGCCCACCACCCCCAUCUGUGAAACUGAACCCAGCACCUCUGGAUGUUCCCCCACCAUCAGCAGGGCAGGCUAACUCAAUGUACCACCAGGAACCUAGUGUCCGGGAUCGAUACCCACCAGAAGGCUACUAUCCACCAGGUGCCCAGCCUCCACCUAUGAGGACCUAUGUCAGGGGUCCAACAUACAGUAGUUCACAGCACAGCCUGGACUACCUGCAUCGACGUCGGCAGGAGCUGAUCUCACAGCUUGAGGAAAGGACGGUGAUCUCCCCUCCACCAUUUGCUCCCUCUCCCACUCUUUCACAUCCCUUCCCCAAUGAUUACCCCACUGAGCAGUAUGGUGAUGAGAGCUCCAAAUCUAUGAUGAAAUGCAGAGAGCCAGACUAUGCAGGGCAGUACUCUCCUUGGUCUUGUGAAACUAUUGGCUCAUAUAUUGGCACAAAGGACGCCAAACCCAAAGAUGUUAUGGUUCCUGGUACCAUGGAGAUGAUGAACGUGGAGGCUAAAAGUCUGAGGGAACCAUCACUGGAGGCUCCUCGGAGGAGUGCAGAAGUAAAGGAUGAUGACCCUAUCAUACCAUUUGGUCCCCAGCCCACUGUGUCACGCUUUGGUGCCAUUUCCCGCACUUCAAAAACUGGCUAUCAGACUACUGGCCCUGUGCAAGCUAUGGCCUCCACUCCCCAGAACCCCAACUCUAAACACAUGGCCAUGCAAGCAGAAUACUCAUAUGGAAGUCAUGGCGGUUGGGGUGGAGCUUCAUACCCUGCCCAUUCAACUGCCUCCUCCUCUCAGGGACACUUUAUUGAGCGCCUGCCCAUGGCAGCCCCGGACAGAGAACAGUUAAAGAUUGAGCUGCAGCAAGUCAACCAACAGAUCACUCAGCAGACCCAGAUGCACAACAUGGAGGCUGCUAGCAACUCUUUACUCCUGCAGAGAGAGGCCAGUGCAUUGGCAGGACAGACUGUGCAGAACAGCCAGGUCCAGUCAGCUGUGGCCCCACAGCAGCAGCAGCCCAAGUGGCCAGCAGGGGGUGGAAGUGCAUCAGCUGUCUCCAGUGAACAGCUAAGCUUGGAGCUCCACCAGGUGGAGAGAGAAAUUGGCAAGAGGACUCGAGAGAUGGCUUUGGAAAACCAAGUAGCUCAUGAUGUUCAGCAGUACAGAAUGAAACCUGCAGAGAAUGGACAACCAGAACACCAGACUCAGGUGGAAGAAAUCUCCUUGACUCUUGGUGAGGUGUCCAAUGGCUCCAGCAGUCUGCAGGACAGCGCAGUGGGUGGCUCCAUGCUGUCACUGACAAACAAGACGUCUGCAUUGAGCUUGUGUUCUGAUUCAGGUGCCGCAGGGUCAGAGAUGCAAAAGAAUGGCAUUGUCCAUUCCUGCUCUUAGGAAGUACACACACAUUUUAUACAUGCACACACACACACACACACACACACAUGCAAACACACACAUUGCGCAGUUGAAAAGCAUGCAGUCACCAAUACACCAACUCUAUUUA